GGUUGUGCUACAUCAGUAUAUCCUUCUACGUACGGACAAUAACCUCAAUCACGUAUAAUAUAAUAUAGAUAAGUAUCAAUUAUAGUCCAUGACUCGAAAUCUAAUGGACUAAAAGAAAAAAAUGGUGGAAGUAGAAGAAUUGGAACCACUUAGUCCGAUUGAAGAUGAGGAAGAAGAAAUCAGCUAUGAUGACCUCAAAAGACGCAUGUGGAAAGACCGAAACCUCAUGGAAAAGCUCAAGCAACAGAAACGACACAGCAAGGACGUCGUUUCGUUUACAACACACCGAGCCGAAGCGUCACGGCGCAAGAAGAUGGCUCGUUCUCAAGAUUCGGUGUUGAAGUACAUGAUGAAGAUCAUGGAGGUGUGUAAAGCGAAAGGGUUUGUCUACGGAAUUGUACCGGAAAAGGGUAAACCAAUAACGGGUUCUUCCGAUAGCUUAAGACGUUGGUGGAAAGAAAACGUUCAGUUCGACCAAAACGCUCCAGACGCUAUCACUGAUUACUUAACACUCGCGGCUGCGGCUGCUGCAGCAGAGCUAAUCGAUAAGUCUUCAUCAUCAUCGAGCUUACUACACAUGUUACAAGAGCUACAAGACACGACUCUAGGGUCGUUACUAUCAGCGUUAAUGCAACAUUGCAUGCCGCCACAGCGGCGGUUUCCGUUAGAGAAAGGAAUCGCUCCGCCAUGGUGGCCGACGGGUACGGAGCUUUGGUGGGGAGAGCAAGGAUCGGCACAUGAGCACGGUGCGCCGCCAUACAGAAAGCCGCACGAUUUGAGAAAAUCUUGGAAAGUUAGUGUUCUCGCGGCUGUGAUCAAACACAUGUCGCCGAAUUUGGGAAGAGUGAGACGUCUCGCGAGACAAUCUAAAAGUUUGCAAGAUAAGAUGAUGGCUAAAGAGACCGAUACUUGGUCUCGAGUCUUAAACCAAGAAGAAGCUCUUCUCAAUAUCAAAGACCUCAAGAUCUCGGAAGACCAAGAUCAAGAAUCGUCGGGGUCUAAGAGAAAGGGUGAAUUUAUGGAACCGUCAAAGAGUGUUUACACUUGCCAAAACUCGAGUUGUCCUAAAAGUGACGUGAGUUUUGGAUUCGGGGACAAGAACUCAAGGACAGGUCAUGAGAUCCAGUGUCUAUACGGGUCGACCCAAGAGCCGAGCCAGAGCGGUGAAUAUACACCUUCCAUGCUUGAAAUGGUUCCAAGUAUUGUUACUAGUUCGACUAGUGAUGAUGAUUAUUACAGUGUGAGCUCGAGUGCAAUGGACAAGCGAGAUGGUGAUGAUCAUAGCAUUAAUGGGAAUUGGAUGGAAUAUUUUUGGUUGGAAAAGAUGCAGCAGGAGUUACAUUGCUCUAGGACAUUCGAAGAUGAUGAGGGUACUGGAACGGAUAUGAACCAGUUCACAGAAUCUGAUCGAUCGGACAACGUGAACCUGAACCAGUUCACAGAAUCUGAUCGAUCGGACAACGUGAACCAGAGUAAUUUUUCAGUUUGGGACAUGGGUUGCGAAGACAAGGACAUAUACAUGUUCGAUUAAUAGUUAAGCUCGUUACUAAUUAUACUACGCUUUACAUGUGCCCAAAGUCAGAACUGUCUCUGCUUGUAUUCUUUAGUUACAUACUUACAUCUAUCUACUUAUACAAUACAAUAAAAUUAUUUUUAGAUC